AUGGCCACUUUAAGAAACACUGGGGUACAAACACAAGACCUUGAAUAUGACAAACCACCACUUUUAAAUGUGUGGAAACGGGAAGAUGUGUUUACAGCUGCCAAAAGUGAAGUCUACAUGAUUUUUCGGUAUGGAAUGGAAAGCAGACAGCUCUUCCGAAAUGCUUGGGUCUUGGAACAGAAGAUCAUUGAAAACUAUGGCGGCAAAUUCCUUGGUUUUUCCAAUAAAGUGACAGCCUUGGAGGAUUCCAGUUGGCCUGCUGACUACUGCAUUACUCUCCUGACUUUUCGCAGUGCUGAUCAUGCAACACGUUGGAUGAACAGUGACCGCAUAUUCAAGCAGCAGGACAUGGAAUACGAGGCCUUCAUGGUUCCUCUUCAGUACAUCCCAACUUUAGAAUAUCGCACAUUUGCCUUCAUGGAAGUGAAAGUGCCUGCAAAUGAUGAACUGGUGAGCCAGUUUGAAAAGGAUUAUGUCUGUCCAGCUGCAGCCCUGAUGGAUAAUUUACAUGUGGCUCAUGGUGUUGUGGCCUCAAAUAUGAUCACCCACUUCAGACAGAUCCAUUGGGAUUUCCAUGGGAAAACUCUUGUUAUACACCAGUUUAGGUCACCAGAACAUUUCUAUUGCUUUUAUCAAAAUGAGGCUUACCAAGAUUUGAUCAAAAUAAGGAAUAACAUGUACCAAACAAACCUCAUUAUGUUUUCCUUGAUUGAUGACCCACCAUUGAAAAUCAGAAAAAGUCUCCCAAGCGGCGUGUUUCGCGUAUAUUUACGCUCGCAUUUUAAAGGAUAUAUAAUUUGUAGUCGAAUAUUAUCUUCAGAAUUCCUGCAUUAUGGAAGCCUUGAAGAGAAAGAACGACAGAAUCUAAAUUCAGAGAAUGACUCCCAGAGUAAGACAUCAAGUGCAAUUGAAGCUGGUAUAGCUGCUGGAAAUAUUAAUAUUUCUGAUGGGUCAGCUUUUGAAAUUGAUGAUGAGCCGAGUGAAAGUCAAGCAGAACUGUUGGCUGAAUUUGAACGCAGGAAAAGGGCUCGUCAAAUUCAAGUAUCCACUGAUGAUGUUGAAGUGAAAGCUACCAUGCGACAAUUAGGAGAACCUAUUUGUCUGUUUGGGGAAGGCCCUGCUGAUCGUCGAGAACGUCUGCGUCAACUUUUGGCACAGAUUGGAGAAGACACAGUGAAGAAGAAGAAAAUUGAACAAGCAGAACAAAAGAAGAAAAAAGAAGAGGAAAACAUCACAUGGUACCACGAAGGAUCGGAAACAUUAAAAGAAGCUCGUUACUGGCUGGCUCUAUAUUCUGUUCCCAAAGCCAAUGCCAGAAUCAAACUGCAGAAAGAGGUGAAAAACUUGCCCAAGGCCCAAAGGGAUGCUAAACUCCAUGAUUUGCACAAAAGAAUUCGGUCUGUCUCAAAUGAAUGCAGUCAAAUUGGUGAUGAUCGUCCAUUGUCUUUUUGUCAAUUCAGUCCUGAUUCAAGUAUGCUGGCUGUUGCAUCCUGGUCUGGCUUGUGCAAACUCUGGUCUGUUCCUGAUUGUAAUUUGAUACGUGUCCUACGAGGCCAUAAUUGUCAUGUUGGCUCCAUCGUCUUCCACCCACAGGCCACCCUGAGUAUGGAGAACACUGCCUGUUGCAUGGCUUCCUGUGGGCAAGAUGGUUCAGUAAAACUUUGGAAUCUCAUUAGUGACGAACCAGUUGCUGACAUUGAGGGUCAUGCACCUUACAGGGUUUCCCGACUGGCCUACCACCCAUCUGGAAGAUUUCUUGGAUCUUGUUGUUUUGACAAUUCUUGGCGUCUGUGGGAUUUAGAGGUCCAGGAGGAAAUUCUUCACCAAGAAGGUCACAGUAAACCUGUCUACUGUAUAUCAUUUCAAAAUGAUGGUGCAUUGGCUUCAACUGGAGGACUGGAUGCAUUUGGACGAGUGUGGGACUUAAGGACAGGAAGGUGUAUAAUGUUUUUGGAAGGACAUUUGAAAUCUGUCUUAGAUAUUGACUUUAAUGUUGAUGGCUAUCAUAUUGCUACAGGAAGCGAGGACAACACAGCCAGAAUAUGGGACAUUCGUCAACGCAGAUGUGUCUACACAAUCCCAGCGCAUACAAACCUUGUGUCUCACGUCAGAUUUCAACCCAACCAUGGGAAUUACCUUGUGACCUCUUCCUACGACAACACAGCAAAGAUCUGGACCCACCCUACUUGGUCUCCAAUGAAAACAUUAGCAGGACAUGAAGGGAAAAUUAUGGGCCUGGACAUUUCACCUGACUUGAAGUACUUGGCAUCAUCAUCAUAUGAUCGUACCUUUAAAUUGUGGGCAUCGGAGGUAACAGGAGGCUUGUGA